UGUUAUUUUGAAUGAAUUUUAUGGCAUUUACUUUCACUUUAUAUAAAACUGUGAGAGUUGAAUCAAAAUUGGUAUUAAAAAUUAUCCCACAAAUCGGUUAACGUUUGUAACAAUCAACAAAAUGAUUUCGGUCUUUUUAUAAACAACUAUAAUAUUAAUUCGUUAUUUUUUUCAAAUCUUUUUCAUUCGCCGCUUCAUUUUGUAAUACAACCGAACUGAAAAUGUGAAUCUUGAUUCACUUUGUUUUUUUUCUCUCUCCUUCUCUCUAUGUUGGUGUGAAUGUACAUAUUGACAAGAAUGAUAAUCAUCAGUAAUCAAUGAUAACAAUAAAACUCAACGAUAAAUGAGGUCGAUCAUGGAAACUUCACAAUGAGGAUGAUGAUUCAGAUAAAAUUAUUGUGGGGAUUGGGAGAAGAAAGGAGAAAAGAGAAAAGAUGAUGAAGAGGUUAAUCAGCAAAACAAAGCAAAAAAGAGGAAGAAGUAAACAAACUGAUCGAGGAAAGCUUACAAGUGAUAAGCAGACCAAUGAGACAAUCAAAAUAAAUCUGGUAAUGGCGAGGUUUGGUGAGAUUUGGUGAGGUUUGUUAAUAUCAGUGAACCAGAUAACCUAUGGUUUUAUCAUUAGUAGAGAGUGUUAUUCAAGUAUUUUUGUUUUGUUUUUGGUGACAAUCAACGUCCUAUCAACAGAUUACCAACAAAAUGAUUGUAAUUCCUAUAGAGAGUGACAUCCGUAAACAAGUUGCAAAAAUUACAUCAAUUCGGUCAAAGGGAACGGAUGAUGAAGCUUACUAUAAUUUGCCCGAAGAAGCUAAAGUUGAAGCUCGUUCUAAAGCUGGUGUUAAAGCUGAUGAUGGUGAAGGUAAAGUGAAAGAAGAAGAAAAAGAAUCCGUGGAUGAUAAUGAUGAUGAGGUUGGUUGUUACACGGUGAAUGGAAUCAGGUCUGGUUUCUGGUCGAUUCGGGAGAAUAGAGGUAGGCUGAUAAAAGCUGGUUUGACAAGAAGAGAGAAAGAGGGUGUUCACCUGGGGAAAGGAGAGAGUAAUGAUUGCGAUGAUGUUGGCCUUACUAUUAGCGAAAUAGCAACAAUUAAAGAUAGCGUCUUUAAAGAAGAAGAAGAAGCCGUUCAUCAUAAACAACACAAGAGUAGAUCCAACACAACCAGUCAGCAACCUAAGCAACCCAGAGUUGCUUGUUAUUGUCAUGUUUUAUGUAAAGAUCAACAACCAGUUUACCCAUUGACUGGCUCUGGUGUUCCUGGUUGCCACCAUCGGUUUUCUUCUGUUUCUUCUUCAACUUUAAAAAGACAACUUAUUAAUUGUAAUCAAUUUAAUUUUCAUCUUUAUCAUAAACAACAAUCAACAGUCAACCAACAAUUGUCUAAUGUUAAUCUAAAUACUUGUGAUUGUACCGGUGGUCAGUUCCAACAAACACCCAAAAGAUAUAGUGAUCAUAGGUUAAACCUUCAUACUUCUGCUUCUUUCUCUUCUUCCCACCUCAAUACUUCUUUUCCAUCAUCUGUUGAGUCUAAAUCUUCUUUUUCUUCUCCGUUUGUGGUUAAAAGUGAUUGUAUUAAAGGUGAAGCCAGGAAUGUCAAUAAAUUAACCGUUAAUCAAUUAGUUAAGUGUUCUCCAGUUGGAUCCAAUAAUGAUUCUUCGUUUCUAUUCUCCGGCAUUGUUGCCAAUAAAAGGAAAGUAUUUACCCGUCAACUGGUAAAGAAUACAAUUAAAAGCGCUGAUCGUCAUCACAAUAUAAAUUUUAAGUUGAAACAACAGCCAACUACUCAACUUCCAUCAUCUUCAACAACACAAUCAUCUCCAUCUUUAUCAAGAUCUAAUCCAGUUGAAGACAACAACAGAGAGAAACACAAAAACAAAUACCAACGCCACCACCAACAACACAGCCAAUGUUACAAAUCUUCCAAGAUGGUUGCGGAAACAGAUAAUCAUUCAAUUAAUAGUGAAGGCAUGGAAAUGACUAUCAAUCAUUCUAAUCGUGAGAUGGCAAUGUUUCUAGAUAAUAUCAAUGGGCAUCAUUAUGAAAAUAUAAAUGUACAUCAUCCAUAUUCACACAAUCCAAAUCACCAUCUUCCAUUGGCCAUUGGUAAAACCUUGAAUACAGUUUCUUAUCUACACAAAGACCGUCCUAGCUCAGCAAAUAGCUACUCAUUGGAAUCAAAUUCAAGUGGAAGCAAUACAACAGAAUCAUCAGGAGCCAUACCAUCACCAUCUGGUUCUAACGAUGAUACACAUGGCGAUGAACUUCAAUAUGGACCCGGUAUUGUUGACAAACUAAGGUCCAAAUUUUUGCAAUACAGUCUCCAAACAUCUCGCAAUAAUGGCUAUAGAUCUGUAGUAAAAAGAUGUUCAAGUUUGGAAAACCUUGCCGACAGAGAUUCACCUUCAUCGUCGCCUUUGUACCAUACUUGUAAAGGAUCCAAUUUUGGUAUUCGUAAAGGUCCAACUUAUGUUAAAUAUCACCAGCAACAAAAUAUCAACAAUAAUAAUCAUAAUUCUCACCAUUGUUCUAAACAAUCUAAUCAUACCAAAGGUAACAACCAAUAUGGUGUUGUUAAUGAUGUCGAUAUCAAUUGUAGUGGUGGUGCUGCUGCUGUUGUGAUUAGUAAUAAUAACAGAGGUUUGAUUAAUGGAAAGUUAUUUCAAUCAGUAACUUCAACUGCUUCAACAGAGAAACUUUUACAUGGAGAAUAUCGAAACAACGGUUGCCUGACAGCAUCCCGGACGCCAAAUGGUUUUACAUCAUCAUCAUCAUCAUCAUCAGUGAGAAGCUAUAGGAAAUACGAGCAACAACCAAUUAAAGGUAAUCAUUACCAUCAUUUAAAUCAACAUUCAUCUAUCUACCAUAACCACAAUCAUCGGUAUAAUUGUGAUGGACUGUUGAAGAGAGCCCAAAGCGUUGAAACUCUUCUAUUGGAAUCAAGGAACUGUAAAUCAGCACCGUCAACAUCAUCAUCAGCUACUUUCACCAAUUCAAAUGCUAAUAAUACCGUUAAUAAUAAUAAUUCAAAUUUAAAUUCAACUUUCCUGACUUCUACUGCUGCCUCUACUGUUAAUACUACCAUUUCAUCCACCUCUACCUCAAACUCGGGAUCUGACAAUUGUGAACCUUUGCUAUCGCCACUUUCAAAUCAACAAUCGAGAUGGCAAUCAACCAACAACAACAACAAUAACAUUAAUAAUAAUAUUUCUCUUGCCGCCAGUGUUAAUUCAAGUAACAACGUUUUCUCAAGCAAGGUUAACAGUGUCUCUCAAGUUUGCAACCACCUUGUGACCAAGCAACAAGAUUUUGUUGAUACAGUCACCAAUAAUUGUAAAAAAAUGUCCUCGGACGACGAUAAUAUUGCGGAUGUCUUACCGUCAAGUGAAUGUAAGGCUAAAUCAGCGUCAAUUUACUCACCGUUAUCUGCCAUUUCAGCCUCGGACAAGAAAAUGAAUGGUGAUGUAACUGCACCAGGAUUAACCAAUAACCAUAUUGCAUCUGCAACAAUUAACAAUACCAACAAUAAUAAUGGUCUUGUUAAUCAUGGACCCAGGAAACUGGUCCAAGAUGAAUUACCUAAACCGGAUACUGUUAAGAAUUACAAGAAAAUUUUUGAAACCAAUUCAGUUUCACCAACUCCUUUAACUGGACCAAUGUCGCCUUCAUCAGCAACACUAACACCAACCAGUACAGCAACAACAGCCAUAAGUCCAGGAAAACUGAACGAUUCGAGUAACUCAAGUUCCCCCAAUGAUAAAGAUAGUGAUAAUCGCAAUGGUCAAGCUUACCGAAAGGGUGGAAUCUAUGGAUCAUCCAACAGUGCCAUUCGUCGUAAACCACCAGUUUUAAGUAGCAUCGAGAAGAAAAUAACCAACACAGUGAAUAAAGUGACAGUAAACAGUAACAAUAACAGCAAUAACAAUCGAUUGAUUAAUGGUUCAACAACUAGCUCAUCACCUACAUCUCCUGCACUUCCUCCGAAACCACCUUUCCUGAUUACCAAGAAAUCACCUUUAAAUGGUGAAUUGAAUCAUGUGAAUGUCAAUAAUAACUAUUUGAGUGCCAUAAAGCCUAUGGGAAAGCAACAACAAUUGGUAUCAAGUGAAACAAACAAGAACAAGAUUAACAACGGCAAAUCAAUUAAUGGAUCAAAGGAUAGGAUAACUGGUAAUGCGGCUGGUUCAUCGCAUAAUCUGGUACGAAGUAAACCAUUGCCAUCUUCACCUCAAAAGCCAAAGUUAAUCAACAACAAAUCAGAUGAACAGCCAUCAUCACCAACCUCAAGAUCAUCCUCACUUUCAUCUUCACCAUUACUAUCACCAUCAUCUUUCAUCCCACCCUCGCCUUUAUCCGGUGUCUCCAAGAAAUCUAUUGAAGACAAUUCAGCCAGUGAUACAGUUGACUGUCCAAUCAUCUCUUCUUCAACUGAAUACCAAAUUAAUGGCCAUUUCUCGCCUUCACUUGAUAAUAACAAAGAGGAUUGUAAAGAGGUUGAUAAAACUGUAAUGAAUGGUGGUAAAAUGAUCACAGAUCAAAAAGCAACUUCAUCAACAACAGUGUCAACAACAUCCACAACAACAUCAACCAGCUCAAUGUUAACAAAUAAACCAAUUGCCAAUAUUAAACCAAUCCAAUUAGAAUCACAUGAAGAUCGAUGGAAACCUCUCAAGAAAUCAACAUUGCCUCAGGAAUCAAGUGAAUCAGCAGCAAAUAAACAUGAGAAAUCAUUUCCUUCAAUGGGUGUAACCACCACAAAUAUAAUUAAGGAUCAGUCAAAUCACAAUAUAAAUUAUAAUCAAAGCGAGUUACCAUCUAGGGUAACAUGUAAUGAUAAGAAUAAAAUAAACUCUGAUAAUCAAGUUACCAGUAAAAGGAUUAAUGAAGUUGAUGAGAAACCGAAAGAAGCAGCGUUUAACAGCAACAAUAAAGAUAAUCUUUCCAAUGGAUCAUCCACUAAAUUGCCGCGCUCUUAUUCAUCAACAACAUCUCCACCAAUUGCGUCUUCUGUAACCACCAAAUCACCAGCAACCGCGGGAACAACCAUGAUCUUUGACUUUCGUGGUAAAAAUGUCAAGGCAAACGUUGCCGUCCACAGUCCACCUUUUUCAGUUGUCCGUCCACCAACAACCAAGUCAGAUGAUAAUGAAGAUGACUUCAAUUACACUGGAUCAACUGAAGUUCCUCAGCCCAGUGGAAUUAUAUUCAAGGGUGAAAAUGUAGUCAUUGAUGGAGGAUCAUUGCUCGUGAAACGUAAUAAAAAGUUGACAUUAACAUUCAAUGAUAAAGCAACAUCUACUUUUGAAUAUCCAUCCGAGGCAUCAUUUAUUGAUGAACCAUUGAGCUUUUCAUCAAUCUCAUCAACUUCAUCCAAUUCAUCAAUCAAAAGUGAGUCAACUUCAUCAACCAGUUCUGAUGAAUCAUCUGUGAUACAACAACAAUCAAAUGGAUCAAGUCUGAAAAACAACACAACACUUGGAAGUUCAUUUUCUGGUGGACUUGCUUCGUAUAAACCAACUUUCCUUUCAGGUGAAUCAGCGUCAUUUCAAUUAGGAGUUUCCAGGGUAAUCAAAGAGGAAAAUGAUAAAAUCUGUAAAUCGACUGAUGAAGAUGAAGAAAGUGGAAAGUUCAAUAUGCUCAAGCCAGCUGAACCCAGUGAAACAAGCUCUUGGUCAACCUCAUCAACUGCACUUGAUUUACUGUUCUGAUUGAAAGACGCAAGAUGAACACAAAAGUGAAACAUGUUUCAAUGAACAGAAAAGAGUUUCAACUUGUCAACUCAAAUUUCAAUGAAAACUCAUUAUCUUCUCAUCCCAGCCAGCAUCAUAAUAUGAAUGCAAAAUGAACUGAAUAUAUCUUUUAUAUUCGUUUUUUUUCAUCUAUCGCCUUCAAUCCUUCAAUUAUACUUUCUCUUGAAAUCUAUUUAACUAUCAAUUGUAACAAAAAAUAAUUUAAAAUUAAGAGUUAACUGGAAAAAAGUGAAAAUCAUUGAUGUUAGUCGAUUUAAUGAUACAAUUCAAUGUAUAAGAUUGAAUAAUCUUUUAUCCAAACACUUUGCUUACAAAUGUUGAAUGGAUAAACUAAUGUAUUGAUUUAAAAAAAAGAUGAAGCAAAAAUAAGGUUUUUGUAACAAUUAAUUAAACCACUGAACCAAUUUGUUGUAAAUUUAAUGUGAUCACCAUUUAAAAAAAAAGGAUGUUUAAGUGCGCUAUUAAUAACACUCUUGUACCAAUGGAUAACAAAGUAAACCUUUUAUUUUCAAA